ACAUGGAUAGCAAAACGAUACAGAAACUUUGCAAAGCAAUGGGUGUAAAAGAUGUGCCGACAUGCUCCAUCCUGGGGUCCGAUGUACCUCCACCUAGUCCGCCUUGCCCUCCUUUGCGUUUAACAGAAGAACAACUCCUGCCACCUACGCCCUCAGUUUAUCUAGAAAUAAAAAAUGCCUUCAGUCCUCAACUCCAAGAGUUCUGUCUAAAACAUCCUAUCGCUGUGGUCAGAGGGUUGGCCGCCGCCUUAAAAUUAGAUUUAGGAUUAUUUUCAACAAAGACUUUGGUCGAAACAAAUCCAGAUCACACGAUAGAGGUGCGCACGCAGAUGCAUCAGAGCGCCGACGAAAACUGGGAUCCUUCGAUGGGCCGCAAAGUUUGGGCCUGCAUAUCGCACAGAUCGCACACUACGAUUGCCAAAUACGCACAAUAUCAAGCAGCGAGUUUUCAGGAAAGUCUAAAGGAAGAAAAGGAUAAAUUGCCAGGUGUUUCUAUAAAUAAUUUAUCCGAUUCAGAUUCAAAGGAUUCUACAGGAAAUAUUAUGAAAAAGAAGACAAAGGGUCUAGGUGCUAGGACAAAUGGAUCAAAAAUGUUGAAGUUUGGAACGAAUGUAGAUUUAUCGGACGAAAAGAAAUGGCGGGCUCAACUUCAGGAAUUAAUGAAACUCCCAGCAUUUGCUCGUGUUGUUUCUGCAGGAAACAUGUUAUCUCAUGUUGGUCAUGUUAUAUUGGGAAUGAAUACUGUACAACUUUAUAUGAAGGUUCCAGGAAGCCGGACACCCGGUCACCGAAACAACAAUUUCUCUGCUCCAUCAAUAAACAUUGGGCCAGGCGAUUGUGAAUGGUUUGGCGUUCCUGAUGCAUACUGGGGCGGAAUACAAGCUCUUUGUGAACAGAACAAUAUUAACUAUCUUCAUGGCUCAUGGUGGCCUAAACUUGAAGAACUCGCUGCCAAUAAUAUUCCUGUUUACCGAUUCACGCAAAGACCUGGUGAUUUAGUGUGGGUGAACGCUGGUUGUGUGCACUGGGUGCAAGCCAUAGGCUGGUGUAAUAACAUUGCUUGGAAUGUGGGCCCAUUGACCGCAAGGCAAUAUUGUUUGGCUAUUGAACGUUAUGAAUGGAACAAAUUGCAGAGCUUCAAAAGUAUUGUACCCAUGGUACAUUUGAGUUGGAAUUUGGCAAGAAAUAUCAAGGUUUCAGAUCCCAAAUUGUUCCAGGCGGUUAAAAAUUGUUUACUACAAACAUUGAAGCACUGCAUGCUUGUUUUGGAUUUUGUUAAAUCUAAAGGAGUCGAGGUCAAAUUUCAUGGUCGAGGGAAGAAUGAGGCAUCCCAUUAUUGUGGGCAAUGUGAACUUGAAGUAUUCAACAUAUUAUUUAUUCGAGAACAAGAGAAAAGACACGUCGGGCAUUGCAUAGCAUGUGCUCGUAGGCAAUCUCCAACCUUAGAAGGAUUUGUAUGUCUAGAAGAAUUCAAAAUGCAAGAGUUGAUGGAGGUUUAUGAUGGUUUCACAUUACAUCAACCUCCUCAACUAUCUCCAAGCAGCAAUAAUUCACUAUAUUAAUAUAUGUGAUCAUUGAAAAAAAAUUUAUUUGGUGCUGCCGAUAUCACGUUUUACAAUUUUAGCGAAAAAUUAAACAGCAAUAUUUUUAUAUCAAAUUUUAUUAAUUGGAGUUUUAUCUUUUUUAUCUUUAAUCUUGAUGUUCAGCUAUUUUCUGCUAGCACAUACUUGAUAUAUUUUACCAUAUUGAAUAGGAUUAUCAUACUGUG